UGCACUUCCACUCAUGCAUAUAACGUCUGUUGACAACAUACCUGACCUCCUGCAGGAACAGUGGUACUUUUUUUCCUUUAUAUCCCUGAGAACUGGCUAAGAGGAGAUAACAUGAAGCCUAAAUCUCUUCCAUCAAGGUUGUUUAAUAGAAACUCAGCAGCAGCAUCAGGUGAGGCUCUGAGCAUAGGAGCCGCACGCAAGUACCAGCGACAUGUGGACUGUGCGGAGGACUCUUCCUCCACUGACAGCGAGUCGGUGGCAGACAACAGCAGACAACAUGAGAGUUGCCACAGAGAAAUACACUUUGCGUUUCUGCCGGAGAGGUAUGAGCCAUUGACGGAUGAUGAGGCGAAGGAAGAGAAGAAGAAAAGAAAGAAGGAAAAGUACAAAAAAGUAAAGAAGCCCCUGUUCGGGUAAGUCCAAAUGUGACUCAGAUUUUCUCAAUAUGGCAUCAAUCAGCCUCAAUUUGUUCUAAUAGAAUCUUAAUAACUGGGGAAAAAAUCCAUCUUCUUGCUGUAAAUUAACCUGAAAUUUGUAAUUCGCACAUGUGGGCUAUUUGGGCUCUUUGUGUUCUGUGCUGCAUCAUCAUCCCAAAUUACCAAAUAAAAAUCUGGCCGAGGUUUCUGAUUAUUGAGGUAAUUGCUGAAUAUCUUAAAACAGAGAUCACUUAAAUGUUAUAAUCUGAAAAAAUAUACGUGCUUGAUCAGGAAUUACCCCCAGACCAUAUGAAUCAUCACAUACACAUAUAGCUUUGUUCUCAUUCAUCUCGGACUACUGGCCUAUAACUUCUGGGCUCACAUCAGCACAGCCAGAGAUGACUCCGACUAAAGAGCCUUGAAGCUUCAUUCUUGUCAUCUUUCUGGCGUCAGA